UGUCGGAGAGGACAACAGCCGGCCGAUCUCCGAGAGGGAGUUGCCAAAGCCUACGACACCGUCAGAGAGGGGGUGAUGGACACGGCACAGACCAUCUGCGACGUGGCCACCAGAGGCCAUGAGCAGAAGGGGCUGACGGGGGCGGUGGGGGGAGUGUUGAGACAGAUCCCCCCCACCGUGGUGAAGCCGCUGAUCGUGGCGUCCGAAGCCACGUCCAACCUGCUGGGCGGCAUGAGGAACCAGAUCCGGCCCGACGCACGCAAGGAGGCCUGCCUGAAGUGGCGUACCGACGAUGGCCAGGAAUGAACCCUGGACACUGUGCUGACCCCCCGCCUCCUCCCCUCCGCCUCCGCCUCCGCCUCCGCAGGCAAGCAACACGUUCCACCCUCUGUCCGAAGGGGAAGUGCCAACAGCUUCUUGUGCCACAGUGGACAAUGGUGGAGGAUGUGUGUGUGUGUGUGUGUGUGCAAGGCUUGGCUCAUCACGGAGGCCGACACGGUGAGGUGAGGGAGCAGGGACUGGUUUUCCCUCCCCUCCCCCUCUGCUCCCCUCCUCCCCUCCCCCUCCUCUCCCCUCUUCCUCUCCCUUCUCCCCCCCCC